AGUUGACAGAUCAGGAGAAAUGCCAGAAAUGGUGAAAUAUUUGUAGCAGUGAGUGAAGCUUGAUGACCUGGUUGUUCAUAUCUAAUUUACGUCGAUUUUAGUGCAACAAAUUCUAUCCGGAAUAAUUUGUAUAACUCUCUUUCAUUGAAACCUUUUGCUCCGUCGAGAUGGCUAACAAAGUAUUGAAGAAUACUAUCAAAAAAAAUAAAGGUAACUUUAAAGCUACGAAGAAGAACAAAUUAGUGAAGAAAUCGAAGUUCUCAAAUGGUAAAAUGCAAGAUGCUAGACAAAAAAUAAUCUCAAAAAAAAGGCAAGGUGUAAAGGAUGCAAGAGAUAUUUUAGCUAAAAUGGCAAAGACCCAGGAUGCUCGAAACAAACUGGAUAAAAUUAGAGAAAAUAGAAAUGGUGGUCUGAGCAGAAAUACUAAUGUAAAAGUUAUAGGAAGUAAUAUUCUGAGGAAAACUGAUAGAAAUGGAAAAAUUUCUUUAUCUACCAAUAAACCUAAUACUACAAGUAAUAUAAAGUUGGCAAUUCAGAGAGAAUUAGGUUUGGUAUCUCCUGCAAGGUUGGGUUUACAAAGAAGUAUACCACAACCUGCUAAAAGGGUGGUACCUAGUGUUCCACAGGUAACUCCUAUUCCUAGAAAACAAUUAAUUGCUCCAUAUCAGUAUGAAGCUGUUUAUGAAGAUAUACCAGUACGUUCUUUGUAUAAAUGGACCAAUCCAGCAGCAUCUCAAUUGAUAAGUGACGUUGAGAGACCAAUAAGAAGGAAUAAUAUGAAUAGAAAUUUUGAAAAUUUUUCCAUCAGUCGGCCAUUACGUACAAGAGCAUAUAUUGAUUUGGACGCAGUGGAAGAUGAGGAAAUGCCAUUAGAAGCACCACCAGUGAGGCCUUCGAUUCAUCUACAUGGUACAAGUAGAACCUCAAAUAUUCACUCUAGGCUGGAUGCAAAUAUACCACAACCAGAAUCACAUGGAAUAUUUUCUGCGACAAAAACUAAAGUUGUUGUACCAGCAGGACACAGAAUUGUUGUUUCCAACUUGCAAAACACAGUUUCACAAGAGGAUAUUAAGGAAUUGUUUGAAGAUGUUGGAGACUUGUUGGCUGCUAGAUUAGUCAGGCCUGGUGUUGCAGAGGUGAUUUACAAAAAUCUUAAAGAUGCCCAAAAAGCUGUGGAUACGUACCACAAUAGGCAGUUAGAUGGACAACCCAUGAAAUGUUUGCUGGUAAAUAAACGACCAUUAAACAAUCCCACUGCGCCUGCUCUUCCUAAAGGAGACAUGUAUACUGAAAUUCCAAGAACUAUGCCAGAAAAAUUGAUCCCAGACAUCUCUACGAUUCACAAAGUUUUAUUUCAGAGGAAGUAAUGGAGAUUUUGUUAUAAUAGCUUAUUUUUUCCUACAUUCAUUUCACAUUUGACGAACAUGAUGCAGUUCUUACAUUGUUUUUGAAUUGAUUUGAUUAUUUGAUGUAGUUCACCUGAAAUAUCAAUUGUAUAUAUUAUUUCUGCAAUAAAAAUUUUGAAAAUAA